AUGCUCGACUCGUCCGAGACUCCUCCUCCUCUUCACUUCUCACCGCCGUCCAGCGACCAGGAUCGCACCUCGACCCGCGAGUCGACCCCAAUUGGCACUCCCCUGGGCCUCACAUCCAGCAACCCUCGCAGGCCCGACCUGCUGCAUAACCACCACCUGGUACACCGCAAGGCGACUGCUCCCAGCUCAUUCUCGCCCUCGACAGCCCAUAUUCCCGUGUUCGACGACGAGGACGAGGACGACUCGAUAUUCCCGCUCUUCCCGUCAUCGCCGCCAGACCAGCACCACAGCAGCCGCCGCCGCCAUCAUCGCUACAACAGCAGCCAGCACAGCAUCACCAUGGACAACCGCGCCAUGCCCAUCGACCUGUCCUCGAGGCAGACGUCCAAGUCGCCACCGGGCCAGCAGGCAUCCAACCUGACCUCCGCCCUCCAGAAAGCGGCCACCGGGGCCGCCGAUAUGUCCUCGAACUGGAACGGAGUCGCAUCGAACGCCUACAUGACCAACGCGGCGCGCAAGGAGUCCUUUAGCGCAACCAUGGCGCAGUACUCGAAUGGGAGCAAACCGAUCACCGUCGUCGGCUCGAACCGUGACAAGCCCCGGCGUGAGAGUCUGGCCGGCAGUCUCGUCGGCGGUAUGAGCUGGGGAGGCGUCUCCGUCGGCAGCUGGAUCAGAGACGAUAUCAUUAUGACGGGCACUUCGCCGUUCACGCUACAGUCGCCGUCAUAUCACUCUUCCUCGUAUCUACCGAAGCUCGAAGCCAACUUUAUGCGCGACUUCUCAUGCUGUGGCAUCACCCUGCCCUCACUACAUGACCUACUUCAGCAUUAUGAAGAAGCUCACGCCCAGAGAUCCCCGCAGCCGCCACAGAGGUCGGCGCAGGCGAACCAGACAACAUCGUCAGAUAGCAGAACCAUGCCCGGUGGCUCCCCGCACCCAUCACAGCAGAGCCAGCAGCAGUCGAGUAUGGGCACCGCACCCGGGCGGGCAGUCUCGUCGACGCCAGGAACCCCACGCCCGCACCAUAGGCUACCACAGCAGCCACAGCAGCCCCUCAUGCAGACGACUACCGGAUUCGGCCAGUCGCAAUCAAACGACCUACCAGAUAUCGACUCCGUAGACGAUAUGGAUAUGGAGAUGGAUGACCCGUUGAGCGAUGGCGGUUUCCAGCAGCAGUCCCACCAACAAUCUCUCGCCCAGGCCCGCUUUGCUCAAGAGAAUGGCGGUAGCCGCGUAACACCACUCAAUAUGGGAAUGCUACAGGGCCAGCAACGUUUCCGCAGUUCGGCGCCAGGCACCCCUGUCUCCCCGGGUAGACCUCUUCACAACAACCCAACAGUCUCAUCCGUCAACACUCCAACCCUCAUGCCCCUCCCUGUCCAACAGCAACAGCAACAACAGCAGCAGAACUCCCAAUAUAGAAGCACGCCCGAGUCUUCGGCGCCCGGGACCCCGGCAGAACUCGACGAAUCCAUAGUUGGUGGAUUUGGCGACAUGUCAAUGCAGGGCGCCGCCACACCGGGCAGUGGGGCCGGCCAACAACAGUUUGUUGCCUUUGGUGGCAACGGUAUGCUGGAUCUCUGCAUCGAUGAGCCGGCUAAGCGGCUCUUUAGACCGAAUGGUGGAUUCGGUAAUGGGAAAACAGCACAGCAAGCACCACCGUUUCGACUCGGUACGUCGCAUUAUGGCGCAAAUAGCGACAUCGCUCAGCAUAUCAGGGAGCAGCAGAAACUCGCCGGAGUUCCAGACGUUGCUAUCACUAUGAAACCAGACGAUGAGCCAAAACCGUUUAGAUGUCCCGUAAUAGGAUGCGAGAAGGCGUAUAAGAACCAGAACGGUCUCAAAUAUCAUAAAUCACAUGGUCACAACAACCAGCAACUCCACGACAACGCAGACGGCACCUUCUCGAUCGUCGACCCAGAAACCUCCGCCCCUUACCCAGGCACGCUAGGCAUGGAGAAAGAAAAGCCGUACCGCUGCGAAGUCUGCGGAAAGCGAUACAAGAACCUCAACGGUCUAAAGUAUCAUCGCGCACAUUCGCCGCCAUGUAAUCCGGAAUUCUCAUUUGCUACCGCAGCAGGUCGUCCAUUCAAUACUCCCGGCGGCGUCAUGCAUGGAGAGAAUAUUAAUAUUGCCGGAGCUGGACUCACGGGUAUUGGGGAAGAAGGGCUGUAG